CUCAUCUGCCUGGCUCAACGACGUUAUGGUUUCGCUAGCUGCGUGUUUUUUGUCCUAUUUUUGAUUCAGUUUCAUCAGUUGCACACAGCCACAGCUUAGCAUGUGCAGCUCGAGCUGUUUAAGAAGUAGCCAGAUCGUUUGUCACGCUUGAAAUAUCGAAACCAGCGAUUGUUUGGACGUUGGGAGGCCGUGUAUUCUAUUUUAAAGCCUAUUUUCAACGCAUUUUUUCAACGACCAACCAAGAUUUUUCCUUUUUUUUUUUUUAUUACACAACACAAUAUUGUCUACCACCUCGCUGGACAGGCAUGUCAAAAUUGACGCUUUUUUAAUUAAACAAGAAGGAAGAAGGUUGAAUGCUGUUUUGUUUUCCAGCCAGCAACCAACACAGCAGCACCAAAGCUCAAAAUUAUUAGCAAAAAUAAUAUCACCAGCUGCUUAAAUAUACUCUUUUUUUUUUUUUUUUUUUUUUUGACAAGCUUUACAAUCUGGCAACCUGUACCCUCAUCAGAUCGAUCUGACUGAGCUGUCAAUCCAGUAUUUUUGCCUGUUUUUUUUUCCAGACUCAACGGUGGUCUCUAGUUAACAGCGUUUACUGUCAGUAUCAGAGCCUAAAAUUGACCAAGUGCAGAACUGAAGCUGUAAGCUCUUAUCUGUUUGACAGCUCAUCUAUAAAAGUCUUUAGACCUUCCUGAGUGUCACCACUUAAUUUACAUGCUUUCAGGAAGAGUUGCCAGAUUUUGCAAACCUGGACGGUUUUUUGUUGUUCGUGUCGUGUUUUCCUCCCAGUUUUAACAUUUGAUGUCCAAUAUCUCGUUUAAUAUGAACAGGACUAGUUAAUUACGUUGUUUUUGGCAGCUGAGGGACAUUUUUAUUCGGUUUUUAUCAUCCGGCUAUUUUGGAAACCAGCAUGUUUAUUUGUUAGAUUUUUUUACUCCCCAUUUUUGAGAGCCCCUACUACCAUUUUUUGUACAAAUUUCUGAAUUAUCAACAAACCCCAUAUCUAAACAUUUCCCUCGCUGUCUUAUACAAAAAAAAAAAAAGUUAAUUCGCCUGACUGGAUUUUUCUUAGUCGAAACGCUGGAGGAGGAAGAAGCGUGAUUGAACGAAAGGCUACUGCUUGUUUUUUUCCUCGUUUAUUUCUGACCCGCAUUGUCGUUUUUAUCGGUGUUUAUUGCCUAAAAUGACGGCUAUUGAGAAACUGCAGAUGUUGAUCGAAGCAGCUGAAUAUCUUGAUCGAAGAGAAAGAGAAGCGGAGCACGGCUAUGCCUCCAUGUUACCCUUCACCAGCAACAAAGAGAGGGAUGGCUUGAAACGAAAAAUCAAAAACAAGAAAAAUUGCAGCAGCAGGUCUACACACAACGAAAUGGAGAAGAACAGGAGGGCACAUUUACGACUGUGUUUGGAACGCUUGAAAUCCCUCGUGCCCUUAGGACCAGACUCAAACAGGCACACAACCCUCAGCCUACUUAUGAGGGCUAAGGAUCACAUCAAGAGGUUGGAGGAUAGCGAGAGAAAGGCCCAGCACACUAUAGACCAGCUGCAAAGAGAACGAAGGCACCUGCACAGACGCCUGGAGCAGCUGGGUGUGGAGCGCACUCGCAUGGACAGCAUGGGCUCCACCAUCUCUUCAGACAAAUCUGACUCCGACCAAGAAGAUGUGGAUGUUGACGUGGAAGGAACAGACUAUCUGCUGGGAGAUCUGGAAUGGACCACCAGCAGCGUAAGUGACUCGGACGAGCAGGGAAGCUUGCGCAGUAGCUGCAGCGAUGAAGGCUAUUCCAGUGCCAGUCUCCGUCGCCUCGCCAACCCUCAGGAGAAGAGCCCAGUGCUGGGCUGCAGUCUAUAAGAGCACAGAUCACCCCGGGUUCCUCAGCCACUCAUCUCCCACCACUUCAACCUGUACCUCCAAUCACCUUCAGCCAGGUCCUCCUCUAAUACUUGAACGGUGUUGUCUCCUUUGUGACCCAAACGGUCUUUCUCUUGCUCUGACGAAUCCAGUCAAGAGGAGGAAGCACGAAGAAAGUAUUGGACUUUGGAUGUGCCGUCCACCAACCAGACCUCAUGUAUGCAGCACUAACUGGGAGAAAAGGCCAACCAAGGCUCCGCCCUCUCAAGGCUGACCUUCUUCACCAAUCCCCUCGCCUUCGUCCAAUCAGAUCUUCCCAUCCAUUUGCCUUCACUCCCAUCCCACCAUCCUGGAGAGAGGCACUCGAUUUGAGACAUUCCCAUUCCCGAAAGACCCUCAAGAGAACCUUAAAGACCUCACAGCCAGAUGAAGAAUGUGUACCAUACCACACCCACUGCCUAGUCACUCCCGAACUCUGGGACAAUCGCACCCAGGCUGUCUUACGCAGCCCUUUACGUUCCUUCAAUCAAAACUGUACCGUCCAGACACAGGGCUGGGUCACCUGACCAGUUAGCUAACCUACCGGAGCAUGGUAUAUUUUGCACUUAGAUGACGACAUCCGUAGGAGUGGCCUUUUUACACUCGUCCAGCGCCAGUUUUGCCUCAUCCUGCGUAAUAACCGAGGACGGAUUUGGGAAGCUGCGAGAUCAGAGCAAAAGGGCUACUUCUACCGUACGGGCAAAGAUCACUUUGUGUCAAAAGAUGUGCUGUCAUGUCGUUUCGUUUUCUAAAACGUCUCUCCGAAGGGACUGCAGCUAAUUUAGUGAUGUAUCAGGCGUAGUGUGUUAGCUAGUCUUAAAAAAUAUCUACCUGCACUGUCUAAUACCCGCACGCCCGACACUCCCGCGUGGGCAGAGAAUACUGACGUGUUGUUGUUUCCUUUUUCUUUUUUUUUACCCAGCAAGCGCUCAUAAUACUCAUGCUGUGCGAAAUCAUCAGGGCGGUAGCGAUACACCCCUCAACUGGACUCACAGGUGGAUUCCUGACAUCCCAAGCAAGAGAACAUUUCUAUUAUUUUUCUUUCUUUUUUUUUUUUUUACUUUAAAUGCCCUUUAUCUGCCACCUUGAAUUUUACACUACUACAUCCGUGGGGCGAAACAACUGAAGCGUUUGCAGCAUGAGAUUCUUCAAGGGUUUUUGUGGGUUGGGUUUAUGAAACAGGGUGGGAAGGUUUGUGACGUCUGGAUCUCAGGUAUCUCUUCCUCUCUCUCUAAGGACAGUGGCGUUUUUGGUGUGUGUGAUGCAUUUUCUUCAUGUUUGUCUGUUUUCUUUUCUCUCGACUGUUCAGCCCCAAGGGCGAUUCUAGAAGCACAUUCCAUGGUAGAGCAGAGGUUUGUGUCAUUGCAUGGACUGCAGACGCUGACACAAAGGUCUGAGGCUUCAGAUUACCUAUUGUACGAGCGACAGACCUCUGCUCCUGUGCCAUCAGGCUCAUUUUAAGAGAGUGUGUGUGUGAGUGUGUGUGUGUGUGUGUGUG